GCCCCGCCGGCGGCCUCGCCCCCCCUCCCCCGCCCCGCCCCCGCCCCGCGGCCCGGUGGGGAGCGCGUGUCUGGGUCACAUGAGCCGCCCGCCCGCCAGCCCGGGCCCGGCCCCCCGCCGCCCCCGCCGUCCCCGCCGUCCCCGCCGUCCCCGCCGCCCGCCACCACCACCGGCCGCCCGCCCGCUCGGCUCCUCCGGCUGCCGCCGCCGCCGCUGCGUUGCGUUGCGCUGCCUGCGCCCAGGGCUUGGGAGGGGGCCGCGGAGGAGCCGCCCCCCGCACCCGGUCCCCGCCCGCCGCGCUCGGGCCCGCGCCAUGGGGCUCUGGCUGCCGCCGCCCCCCGCGCCGCCCGGCUAGGGCGAUGCGGGCGCCCCCGGCGCGCGGCCCCCGCGGGCACCAUGAGCCCCCUGCUCCGCCGCCUGCUGCUCGCCGUGCUCCUGCAGCUGGCCCCCGCCCAGGCCCCCGUCUCCCAGCCUGAUGCCCCUGGUCACCAGAAGAAAGUGGUGUCAUGGAUAGACGUGUAUGCUCGUGCCACCUGCCAGCCGCGGGAGGUGGUGGUGCCCCUGAACAUGGAGCUCAUGGGCACUGUGGCCAAGCAACUGGUGCCCAGCUGCGUGACAGUGCAGCGCUGUGGCGGCUGCUGCCCUGACGAUGGCCUGGAGUGCGUGCCCACUGGGCAGCACCAAGUCCGAAUGCAGAUCCUCAUGAUCCAGUACCCAAGCAGUCAGCUGGGGGAGAUGUCCCUGGAAGAACACAGCCAGUGUGAAUGCAGACCAAAAAAACGAGCGAGUGCUGUGAAGCCAGACAGGGCUUCCACUCCCCACCACCGUCCCCAGCCCCGCUCUGUUCCGGGCUGGGACCCUGCCCCUGGAGCACCCUCCCCAGCUGACAUCACCCAUCCCACUCCAGCCCCAGGCCCCUCUGCCCACGCUGCCCCCAGCGCCGCCAGCGCCCUGACCCCCGGACCUGCCGCUGCCGCUGCCGACGCCGCAGCUUCCUCCGUUGUCAAGGGCGGGGCUUAGAGCUCAACCCAGACACCUGCAGGUGCCAGAAGCUGCGAAGGUGACUAACUGCUUUUCAGACUCAGUGGAGCCCCUAGCCUCACAGCCCUCCCCCAGAGAGGGCAGGGGGCAGCCUGGUGAGAACCGUCCCGUCCCCAAGACCUCGGCCUGGGCAGAAGCUCCUCCGGGACCUGGGCCUCUCGGAGGGCCUUCCAGCUGCCCCUUGUCUCUCCAAGGCUGCCAUCCAACAACGUGGAGAGAGUUGGAUGAGGAGACCAAGAGGGGUCACAUACCAACCUGGAAGAGAAUGGGGUCCCGACUCAGAUUUUAACCACCUUGUACAAGUGAGCAUCUAACAGCUGGCUCCUCUGUCCCCUCACUGAGAAGACCCCGAUCCUCUACAAAAAUGUGGGAGUUGGGCUUCAGCGCAGGAACUGUGAACCCCAGUCCUGAUAAAAGAGAUGGAAGGAACUGUCCCUGCCUGUGUCACUGUCUGUCACUGUCCAGGCUGGCUGGUUUGGACAUCAACGUCUGCGUUGUACUGCCUCCUAGACACGGAGCUUGGAGAUGAGGUCCAAAGACCUCCCACAACCAGUCACAGUGCCAGAAUCGUGCAUUCUUCACUUUCAUGUUGCGCUAAUGGGUCCUGCCCGUGUCCAUCACAAGGGUUCCUUUCUGGAAGGAGAUGGCCAGUGAGCUUGAGGCGGGACUCACCUCUGCCAAAUGCCCUCGGCUGUCACUACCCCUCUUCCUGAGCCUCACAUGUGCACACAGAGGGAGCAGAUGAUCACUGUGGUCUGGGCCCUUGGGUGCCAAGAAAGCUAAGAGUCAUGUAAUAGAAAAGAACACUCAUCUUCCCUGCCAGGCUA